GGCCCCGUCCGGGCACGGGCGGACCUGGUGUCUCGUCAGGGCGCGGGCGGGUCGCGUCGCCCCCCGCCAUGUCCCUCCCGCUGCGGCCCCGCCGCCCACUACUUAAAGCGGCGGGAAGCGGGUGCCGUGCCGCUCGCGCCCUGUCCGCGUCUCUCCACAGAAGAUGGCCUCGACGUGCCCACGUCCCCUGCUGAGGUACCGGUCCUUCGCCAUCCUCUUGCUCGCACCGCUGCUGCUGCUGCCGCUGCCGAUCACUGUGCCCACGCGGGAAGCCAAAUGCGCAUAUAUCAUCAUCAUCAUGGCUGUGUACUGGUGCACUGAAGUUAUCCCACUGGCUGUUACUUCCCUAAUGCCAGUUGUAUUUUUCCCUCUGCUUGGAGUUCAGAGCUCUAAAUCAGUGUGCUUGCAGUAUCUAAAUGACACAAAUAUGCUCUUUGUUGGAGGGCUGAUAGUUGCAAUUUCUGUUGAACGGUGGAAUCUUCACAAAAGGAUUGCGCUGAGAGUCCUGCUGAUAGUUGGGGUGAAGCCUGCACUCCUCAUGCUGGGGUUUAUGGUAGUCACUGCCUUCCUGUCCAUGUGGAUAAGUAACACAGCAACCACUGCUAUGAUGGUUCCCAUUGUUCAGGCUGUCCUGGAUCAAAUGGACAACACAGAAAAUGAUGUGACCAUGAUGGAACAAGCAACUGGCCAAACAAAUACAGUGAUUGAGCUGGAGGAAAAGAAUGCAUCAGAUCCCACUCCAGUGCAGGUCAUAAGCAAUGGACAAGUUCCUGAUGGCACCAGAUCUUCUGAGGAAAAGAAAAUGAAGAAACGUAUAUGUAAGGGAAUGACACUGUGUGUGUGCUAUGCUGCCAGCAUUGGAGGAACUGCAACACUGACUGGAACAGGGCCAAACAUGGUAUUGAAAGGCCAGAUGAAUCAAUUAUACCCCAACAAUAAUGAUGUCGUGAAUUUUGCUUCCUGGUUUGGGUUUGCCUUUCCAAACAUGAUUCUGAUGUUGGUGUUAGCGUGGCUUUGGCUUCAGUGCUCUUUCAUGGGAUUCAACUUUAAAAAAAGCUGGGGAUGUGGGACAGUGAGAACUGCUAAAGAAAAAGCUGCAUACAAUGUGCUGAAAGCAGAAAUGAAGAAAUUGGGCCCUAUCUCUUAUGCUGAAUUCAAUGUCCUCGUAAUGUUUGCAUUGCUGGUUGUCUUGUGGUUUUCCAGACACCCAGGCUUUGUAAAAGGCUGGGCUAGCAGGGUCUUUCCAGAAGGAGAAAAAUAUAUCACUGAUUCUGCUCCUGCUGUGUUUAUUGCACUGCUACUGUUCAUCCUUCCUGCUAAUAAACCCAAAUUCAUAGGCUGGAGUUCAAGCAUGUCUGACACUGAACAGACUGAAGAAGAUAUUAAGAAGCCAUUUUUAUCAGCCCCGCUGCUGGACUGGAAUGUCGUUCAGAGGAAGAUGCCCUGGAACAUUGUGCUGCUGCUGGGAGGAGGUUUUGCUUUGGCUGAUGCAAGCGCAAACUCUGGACUCUCAGGUUGGCUGGGUCGUCAGAUGACUCCAUUAGGAUCUAUUCCACCCUGGUCCAUUGCAACAGUACUUUCCCUUAUUAUAGCAGUCUUCACUGAAUGCACCAGUAAUGUUGCCACAGCCACUCUCUUCCUACCUGUCUUUUCAUCCAUGGCUGUAUCUGUCAAGAUCCACCCUUUGUAUGUUAUGCUGCCAAGUACUCUGAGUGCUUCCUUUGCCUUCAUGCUGCCUGUUGCGACACCUCCAAAUGCAAUAGUGUUUUCCUAUGGCCACAUCCGGGUUUUGGACAUGGUUAGGUCUGGAAUAGUAAUGAACAUCAUUGGAGUCUUCUGUGUCACACUGGCAAUCAACACGUGGGGAAGACCUAUAUUUGAGCUGGACACAUUCCCAACAUGGGCAAACAGCACAACUAAUCAGUGAGCAAUGAAGAAUUCAUGUUAUACAAGGAAAGUCCCCAUAAUCCUACUUCCUGUUGCCGAAACAUAGAGCCUUGUCACUGUUUCAGAUCCAGUGCUAGAUGCUACCUUCUGGGAGUCACACAUCAGAUCAAGUAUGGACCAACUCAUUACAGUCAUGCUGGAGACAAAUGUGCUGUUUAAUUAUGCAACCCUAAGGAUGGUAUGUUUGGAUCAUAAGUAUGAUCAAGUGAUUCACUGCAUUUUCACCCAAGGUCAAGAGUUAGAAUUUAUUUAACUUAUGAAAUAAAAAGAGGGUAAGCUGUCGUAUCAAAUAGUUUGGACUAUUUUAUCACUGGUAUGUAUCUGUAAAUCAUUGUCAUUGGACCCAGUUAAGAGCUGACAAUUCAUUAACUGCUACAUAUCAACAAGUCAGCAGCUGUACAAAGAAAUUCCCAGUGUCACUUAUUUAGGGUAAAGUCUGUUAUGUUUUAAUCUGGAUUCAACCUUGUGGUGAGCUGUCUCCAAGUCAGCAUGCAAAUGUUUUUCAUCACCUUGUUUUCAUUCCCAGAUCUCAGUGCGUUUAGACGCCAUUAUCAAGAGUCAGGAUAAUGUGAUGCCAUGCUAGUUAUGAUUCUGUUGAAGUCUUGAGCAAUUAUGUUGGCUGUGUGUUCCUUGCACUGGUAGGGUCAAGAAUCUUUCCUCCAUGGGCUCCAGGUAGAUGUGGUUUCACAGGUUUUGUUAGUGCCAGCUAGGAAAUGACUGGUCGAGCAUAGGACUUCACACCUACUGGAAAAGGUCCUGGAUUCAUCUCAUUUAAUAACUGUAGAAUUUUGAAGUGGAAACAAGCCAAGAGAGAGGCUCUAAUUGAAGGCCUUGCAAACAAUAAGGGGUGCAAAUGACAGGGCUUGUGCUGAUUGUGUACUUUAGAAUCCAGGUCCUGUGACAAAACUGUAGCACCUAUUCAUGUAACUUCUGAAGCAAAAGUCAGUCAAAAAAUUAAUGUUGGACUAGGUGUAUCUUGUCAUUGUGUAUGAAUGUUUAUUUAGCCUUGAAGAUGAAGUUGGGAUGUAAGGCCUUGUGUUGUAGUGGACACAUCUAUGAUCAUGACCCAAGUUUUUGUUUCUGGAUGUGCUGUACAACCUCAGGCAGGUCAAUUUACUACUUUUUAUCUCUGUUUCCCAUUCUGAAAAGAUAUUACAGAACUUAUCUACCUCAUAGGAUGUUGUGAAGAAAUAAGGGUCAACUUAUUUCUACUUUAGGGGUAAUUUUCCACCUGGGGGGGGGGGAAAAAGCUACAUCUGGCCUCUGGCACUAUAACGUGUGUAGAAUAUUUAACAGGUUUGUAGUUUACAUGAAUGUUCCUUACAUAACUGUAAAAAAUAUUCAUGUUUCAACUUUAAAAGCGAGUCAAGUGAAUAUAUCCACAAGAUCACUAGUUGCUUUUAUGAGCAGAAAAUUUCUUCAGUAUUGAUUUGAGUUUCAUGCUUUUAUCUUCUAUGGUCUUUCAAGGUGCUGCGCACCAUAAACUCUCCACUGACUGUUGUUCCUGGUAUCUCCAAUAGCAUUCUGUCUACCUAGCUGGCUGCAUAUGAUGCAGCCUCAUACCUCUUCCAUGGAAUGAUGGGAUGUGUGGAUAAACACUUGCAAAGUUUCUCUAAGGAAAAGAUCAGUUCUAUUGCCAAGAAAUAGCUUUGUCACAGGUAUUAGUCACCACCUGAAGGUUAUCACAGUAUUCAUUUAAGGAUGUAAAGCCAGAACCAACUAAGCACCUCCUAUGCUUUGGAAAUCAUCACUUAAUGCUGACUUGCAUCUGUAGAUAUCUAAUUGCAUUUGAGAAAGUGACUUUUGUUUUGACAGUCCUUGUAAUAUGAGGACACUUCAACUGCAAGAUUCUUCAUAGCAUUUGAUCUUCACUGUUGCAGGUGAGGUACAGUGGUCUUUGUGUGGCUGGGUAACACUGAGCUUGCCUCUCUCAAUUUAUACAGAUCCAAAUUCCUCAAAAAAUGGUUUCAGCUUGAGGGUAUAGGACAGGCACUUCCCUCUCCUGUUUGCAGAAAGGAACGUUCUGAAAGUAUCUUGAUGGGAAGAAAGUGCCCUCCUCUCAGCUAGGAAAGUGCUUUCUUCUGUUAUGAAAGUAGAAAACAGAUGUCAUUUUCUGGAAUGAUUACACUGGGUGAGUUACAGACGUGCCAGAUCGGGGAGGAAAAUACUCAUGGUGGUGUAAAGAAAGGACUCUGACUCUUUAAUAAACGUGGUGCGCUUGAUGUGUCACCUUGUUGCCUUGUUGAUCUUGAGUACAUCCCUCUGAGACAUCCUUAUUUAUGACAUCUUUAUAAAUGAAUAUUUGAUUUAAAUGGCAAAUUGCAGAAUUAGAGUCAGACAAAUAAAAUAUUAAGACUAUCUUCUGUCUGGCACAGAUUUUCUCCUGUGUAACACAGCAGAUCACCUGUUUCUGCAUUACCUUCCACUGUAGCAUAAUAUUGCUCCAGUAAGAUCCACAGUAGUACACACCAUAGAAAAUCAGUGCAAAGCAGAUUUCAGCACUGCUUCAACUAUCUUCAGGCCUGUGUAUCAAUGCUUCCUUUCAUCAUUUAAUUGAUAACUUGAGUUUCUGCCUUUAAAAAUGCUCAGGCAGAACCAAAGCUGGUGGCAUAUGCUACAAGCUGUCCUGUUCAUUCCAGAAUAAAAGAUAAGAAUCUAAGAAACACAGCAGUUUUUUAAGAAAUAUACUUGCACAGUCUCCAGAAUAAUGAGCGCGAACACAUUUUUCUUCACUGUCAAGCAUAUGUGUCGUCCUGCUCCUGUGCCCUGAGUAAGCAAAUGUGUUAUUUACAAUAGGUAAUGGAAAGACAAUGCUUUGUUACUGGAACUAGUUAUGUUUAUCUUCCAGCACUACAGAAUAAGAAUCAUGAGACAUGGCAUUUGUUUUUCUUCAAAUCAAAAUGUUUUGGCUUUAUGUACAAGUUGUCUUUAGAUAGUGGCAUAAAAGAAUCCCUUUUCCUCCCACUUCAAAACAUUGACCAAAAGAAAGCAUGGCAGGAUUUUAGUGUGGACUUUGUUAGUACAGGUUAGUCAGUCAUACUGAACCAGCAAAUAAUUGUUUUCACAUGUGUGAUGUGAUAAAACUACAGCCCUGGACACUUGGAAGUCAUUUGGAAAGUAAAAGGUUUGCAAAGCACGUUGCUCUAAGACGAUUAGGAAUUGUUAAACAAUGUAUUUGGUAGCUUUUUAAAAACAGAUCUGACUAUAGGAAAAAGAUUUGGUUGCCCAUCUAGUUUUUUUGUCUUUUUUCUGUGGCACUGUGUCAACAGUUGCUCAUUAGUUACAGUGUAAAUGUAGAUGGUCUAUUCUGGUCAUAAGGAAGAGGUUGUUCUUCAUGUCAGGGGAAAAAAAAAAAAAGUUAUCCUUUCUGUGUUUACUUUAUUUACCCACAUCUAAUUACUCAGUGGUCUUUUUCAGCAUGCAGCUUUUCAAGAAGUUUUCAUAAACUCAUACAGGUCAGAAUGUGGGUCUCAUAAAACAUAAUUAGACCAUGCUGUUGACAGAACUGGGUGUACCAGAUACUAUCACAGCCAACAUGUGUGAAUUAUUCUUUGUGAACAAUAAUGUGGGUUGGGUCUUCACAAAUAUUUUGGCAAGCAAGUUGAAUAUCAAAUUUUCCAUUAGAAAUAAAACUACUACCAUUUUUUGAUUAAGCAGUGAUUUUUUUUUUUUUUCCAAUUAAGCAGUGAUUAUUUCUGGAGCAAGUGUGUAUUUUUCUUCAACAGCUUGUCUUGACCAUAUGGUUAAAAAUAAAAUUUUCUCUGAAGGUGGCGGAGGUUUUAGCUCCUCUUUUAACAAAGGCUGGGGGAAAAAUACAACAGCUGAAACUUCUUGAGAGUAGCCCCUUAACCUCAGCUGCCUUCCACUGUCUCGUUUCAGAGCUUACCCUUGACUCUUUUUAUCAUAACUGUCUAUAUAUGUGAACUAGAUCAAUAAGAGCAAAUCAUAAUAUAUCACCCUAAUAUACUGGAAAUGUCCCAGUUAAAAACAAUCCUUUGAGAAUUUGUACUGGGAGAUUUACCCUUGUCUAAUAGGUAUUCAAAUAUAUAAAUAUUGACUUUUUUCCCUGCAAGUGAUUAGGGCCUAACUAUUAGAGUUAUUUUCUUUUUCAUUUUGGACUGAUAGGAGCUGAUGAUGGUCAGCAUUCUAGGAGUUAAUUUGAUGCAUGUGUCCUUCAUGAAACACCUCUCCAGUCUUUGCUAAUUUAUAUAUAUCACUGCAGCUGUUAUCUCAAUUGUGGAGUUCUUCCAUUGCACUGCAUUUUAACUGAUCUACCUGCAGACUGGUACCUGCACAGUAUCAUAUAGUUAGGGAGAAGGUCAGGAUUCUCUGCCUCCUGAGAAGCUUUAAGGAAUUAAAAUUACAAGGAUGGUUUUUUCUCCCUCUAGCUUUAUCACCUCUAAGAGUGGGAAUCAGGAUCAGAAAAAAGGCCCUAAAUGUUUUGGGAGGCAUAAAUCCUAGAAGGCAAAAGUCCUAGGAUGGUUUGGGUUAGAAGCGGCCUUUAAGAUCAUCUAGCAUGUUAACUGAACCACUGAGCUUGGUGUCGUCUGCAGACUGGCUGAGGCUGCACUCAAUCCCACUGUCCGUGUCUCCUACCAAGAUGUUAGCACUGGUCCCUGAGGAACACCGCUUGCCACCAGUCUCCACGUGGACAUUGAGCCACUUACCGCAAUUCUCUGAGUGCAACCAUCCAGCCAAUUCCUUCUCAAGCAAGUGAUCUGUCCACCAAAUCCAAAAGAUAAAUAAAAGUACAUGAAUUGACAGUGGUGACUCGAAUCCCAGGUGAACAGAUAUUCAUUGCGUACUCUUUCCCUUUAGCUUUUAUAAUUACUUUUCUGAUUCAAGAGAAAGGUCGUCCCUGGAUGCUAAUCUUGCACUAGAUUUUUAUCUUUUCUCUUGAAUUUCCAAAGCAAAUUGUAGAGUUAAGGUGGUGAGAGACCCAAAGUCAGUUAAGGAAAUGUGAAGUAUUCUAUUGAUCUCAAUGUGCUCAAGAGAAAGAAAAAUAAUCAAGGAACAAAUCCUGGCACAUCUGCUCCUUUUGUUCUUGCAGUGGUAGAACAGGAGGUCUGCAAGAUCAAACAGUUCUGAAAUUAUUAUAGGAAGAGAUACAAACGUUCCUUAGUGUUCUCUACAAACAUGUACAUUAAUUUUUUUUCACUAUUAUUUUUUUUAAUGUAGAAAGUAGCUUAGGAAAGAACAGAUUCAAAAUACAAUAGGCUGCUUUCAUUAGGCUUAAAAAAAAACCCUCAAACAGCUGACAAACAGGUUAUUAAUUGUAACAUAUGAGCAGGGGGCCAAGAGAGACUGAUGAACUUAUCCCAGAGAAAAUGUGAUUCUAUAGCGAUUAUUAAAAAUAUUUUAAUUAAGAUUUUAACUCUGCAAUAUGGCAAGAAAUAAAAUUGAACACAACACAAGUAACAUGUCAAGGUGUGUUUUACACUGCUGUGUAAUUAUUCAUAAGCUCCAGGUUACUUCACAUUAUUUAAGUAUACAUGGACAUAGUCCAUUCUAGUGUAGGCCUGAUGUUCAGAGAUUAUAGGACUUGUCUACAUGAGUUAUAUUUAGAUUUGCUCCCUAAGGAGUUCAGCAUUUUUGUUUGAAUAAGUGCUGUACAAUCUUAACUGUAAGUAUUGACAGGCUGGCUAGCAAGCAACUAAAGAAGGGUCUUAUGUUGUUGCCAAAUAUUUAGGCAUCCAUGAAAUUGUAACUGUUUGUAUACCACCUUUGCAAUGACCAAGAAUUAAAGUUAUUUUCAUCAUGGGUGGAUGAGCUUGUGGGUGAAUUUGUAUGGGAUAUUUCAAGUUUUACUUGCCAGCAGGAAAGAAUCCCACGAAUCAUAACAUUUUCAUUACCAGAGACCUUGUGUUUCUAGCACUCUUUUCUUCAGCUAUAAAAGUGCAAUACUAUUUCAAGUGCAGCUGUAUAUUCCUGUACAAGAUCAGAAGAAUCUAGUUCUCUUGAUUCUCUCAAAUCAGGCAGGUGAGAUGAUAAUAGAAAAAAAAAGAAAAUCCAAACAAUUGAUUUCUUGUUUUUUUCUAUUUAGCCACAACGAUUUCACUAGCAUGACUCAUUUUUAUCUAAAUAUUAAUACUUAUGUCUAUCAGCAUUAUAGACCUGAUGGCAGAAAUAAACAAUAAUAAAUUAGUGGAAUUAAAGACCCUGUUCUCUUGAAUAAGAGGACUGAUGGGCUAGCAGUACUGCACACUGGAAAUGCUUCUGCUAAUAACAAUCCAUCUAAAUAGUGCAUGUGGUUUAGCACUUGUCCUAAGCAUCCUUAAGUCUAAAGCUCUUUGGGAUCUGGAUUUCCAGCAGAGGUUACAGCAGUUUGGCCCAUUCAGCAUUUCUGGGAUGAACAAGUUGAAUGUGCAUGAUCUACCAACUUUAUUUUUCUAGACAAUUAUGCUAGUGCUCUUCCAUUCCCCUCAAAAUUUCAGGAAAGCUUUGAGCUUUUGACCCCCUUCACUAGGCAAGAAUUCAGUCUAUGAGCUGUCAGAGAAGCUCUGUGCAAUAAUCUACUACUUGUUUCUGUUGUUCAUGUCUGGAAAUUGGGAGGAGGGGGAUUAAAAUGUAUUUAUCAGUUACAAAACCUACAAAACCAAUUUAUCUGCUGUUUUGGUAUAGCCAAAUCCGAACAACCUAAACUAGACAUCCAAAUUUCAGUUAGACAUCCAAAAUUUAGUUAGUCAGUACUUCUGCAUGUGGGGUGAUGGUGUGCUCAUCUAGCUCUUGAAUUUUAGGCUGUUAUGGAGGAGAAGGUCACAUUUUCAAACUUUGUCGUCAGUUGUGGAGCCAGGAUGCUUCUCUAUUUUUUUUUAAAUAAGGUCCCAUAUUUCUUGGCUCACUACAGAAUUAUUUCCUUAAAGCACCUUAAAAUUUGCUUCAAAAUGACAAGCAAUACCUUGUGAAGAUGUUCAUUGCAGUGUUGUUCUAAAGUUCAAAUCAUAUUGCUCCUUACAAAAGGUUGACCUCAAAGUUAUCCGUAUUGUGCAUGUCCUAAGAAGACUGACAUUUCUAACCGAUUUAUUAAAGAAAAACAAAAUGCUUUCUGAACAUUUGCCUUUUGGUUUGGAAUUCUUGGCUUCAUAUUGGCCUUCUGUAUAUGGAGGAGAACCAUAGUUAUAUGAGUACACAUUGCCAGGUCUGUAAACCACAGACAUCCAAGUCUUUUUACACCUUUUUGCCAAACUUACUUCUUCGCUCAAUGGAGUUUAAUAGUCUUCAAAUGAAGACUGUUCUAUGUUGACUGUGAUAGGUUCACUUCUGAAAGGUGUUACCUGCCUAUUACUUGACCUAAAAAAACAAACAAAAA